CCAUGCCCCAUGUGAGUUCUCAGAUUGUUCUGGGUCUGACUGUCCAGAGGCUGUGUGCUCAAAGCACUCAAAGUCAGUUGGCGCUCAUCAAAUUGUAUAAUUAUAAUGUUUUUUUAAGGAGGGUGUGGCCUAAUAUUUAAGAAGGCUGUGAGGAAGAAGCUCCUGGCAAAAUCCCUUCAGAUGAAACAAAACUCAGGUCUUAUUGCUCUCGGUUAGGUCACAUUGAUACAGUCUUCCAAAAGAUCAUGUCUUCUACACAGAGCUGGACUUGUCCCACAGUUAAACUUUCAAAUGGGAUGCAAAUCCCAAUACUUGGAAUAGGCACAUCCCAAGUUGGAGGAUUCUCUCAAGAUACUGUUUUGUAUGCAGUCCGUGAUUGUGGCAUACGCCUCAUUGACACGUCAAAGUAUAAUGGCUUUGAGGUGCAGCUGGCUGAAGUUAUCAGAGACAGUGGGGUACCCCGAAGUGACCUGUGGCUCACUAAUAAACUCUGGCCAGAGGACUAUGGAUGUGAAACUGCCAAGAAGGCCUUUGAGAAAUCCUGCUCCCAGAUGGGGGUGGAAUAUCUUGACAUCUACAUGUUGCACUGGCCUGGAUCGAUGCCACCUGGUCACUGCAAUAGAGAACUGAGAGCUGAGGCCUGGAAAGCUUUGGAGGAACUUCAUGAAGAGGGGUUGUGUCGUACUAUUGGGGUUAGCAACUUUAUGAUUCACCACCUGGAGCAGUUGAAGCAGGACUGUACUGUGGUGCCACAUGUUAAUCAAGUGGAGUACCAUCCAUUCCAACAGCCCAAUAAACUGAUCGAGUACUGCCUUAAGGAGGGUAUUGCAUUUCAGGGGUACUGCCCUCUGGCCAAGGGUCAAGCCCUAAGCAACCCCACUAUUGUCCAGCUGGCACAGAAGUACAAACGUACACCUUCUCAGAUCUGCAUCCGCUGGAGUAUUCAGAAUGGAGCCAUUACAAUACCAAAGUCAACCAAAAAGGAGCGUGUUUUAGAAAAUUGUCAGGUGUUUGGAUUCCAGCUGGAGGAGGAAGACAUGGAGGCUAUAAACAAGUUGCAUGAUGGGAGACAUGUGUCCUGGGAUCCAACAAAUGUGGAGUAACAAUAUGUGAGAAAACUUGGCGUGUAUGUCCUGGAAUUAGUUUUGUCAUUAGUUGAAGAACUAAUAGCACAAGGCCUAUUUUCUGCAAUAAAUAAAAUGAGCAACUGAUGCCUAAAAACAAAUAAGCCUCUUUUAUGAAGUUAUCAUAUGAGGGGCACUGCAUUGUUCUGGAAGCUUUAACAAAGAGCUUAUGUAGUUCCUCACUUUUAUUUCGAAAGAAAAUUAAACAAUUCU